AAUGAUAAUUUUUGCUUGGCGAGCCCACAAAUACAGCACACUGACAGACACAGACAGUUCAUUGAGAAAUGUGUGGACUGUAACUAUAUGUCCCAAUGGAAUUAAUUUGAGACAAUCUUUGGGAACAUAAAUAUAUUGUGUAAUCUUUCACCGAAAGGUAGAAGCUUAAAGAUUACUUUGAAAUUAACCUGGUUUUACUGUAAUUUGAAAGUUCAUUUAUUAAUUUUUAAAGCUAGUAAAGCUCUAGCUAGCUAUAGCUAGCUUUUUUAUAAUAGUUGUUAUACAUCUGUAUUAAGUAUCCAUUGCUUAAAAGUUGUUCGUGAGAUGAAGAUUUAUGCACAUGUGUGAAAUCAGUUUGAAUUAUUCAAAUUUCUUAAAAUGUCUUGAGUACUACUGUUCAUGGCAGAAACAAUCGAUGGCCUCACCAGAUGACAAUUUAAUAGAUUUUUCGGGUGGAGAAAACCAGCAUAAUGAAACUACCUCAACAGAUGCUACAUCUAUGACACCACAAGUUACUUUAAAUCUGCCAAUUACAACUAACUAUGAUAUAAGUGCUCCUGAUGCUCCAAUGAACACUAGUCACGUUCCAUUAUCUGUAACUUUAAAACCCCCUGGAAAGGCUAAUAAAAGUUUGUUUGAAAUAACACGUGUUGAAAGUCAUGGUGAAAGUGUAGGGGGAGAUGAUUCUGAACUUGAUGAUACAUUAUCAGAGACUCACGAUUCCAGUUCAACUUCAGUUUUAGAUUCUAUAAUGAAGCAUAAUGAAGCAGAAGCUUUAAAAGCAGAGAAAACAGAUAUAUCCAGCACACAUAAGCCACUUUCUGUGAAUGUAGAAGGCUCACAAAACAUCACCACUUCAACACAAUCAUCUUCAUCAUCAACCCCUGUAAUUAAUUCACAAAGUCAUCAUUCUGAAGCACCUUCCAGAUUUCGCAUUGUAAAAAUAUCUAAAUCAAAGCCAUAUGAUAAAGGAAAAUGGUUUGUUAACGAUUUUUCAGACUCUCAAAGACAAAAUGAACCUGGUGAAAAUCCAGCUUCACCAAUGGUUAGGAGAACUAGGCAUGUUACUGAAAGUGGCGGUGAGCAGAAGGUUGAUAGGUCUAAGACAGUUACCUCACCAACUGAACCUGCUAAAACAAAAUCCUCAGAAUUUCUAAUUCACCAGUCAAUGCAAACCCAGUCUAGAGGAUCUAGUUACAGUACAACUGUGACUGAUAGAAGAUCUUCAGUAGAAAGCACUAGUAUUGGUGAGCAGUCCACAACAAAUGCAACUGUGACCGUCGGUACACUGGAAAAUUCUCUGGGACAAAUUCAGUCUAUAACAGAGUCGAUGGUCAGUGCGGUAAAUGACGAAGUUCGGAAGCUGAAAGACAAUUUAACAGUCUUGCAGACUGAAAAUAAUCAUUUAAAAGACGAAAACGAAAAACUGAAAAAGAGGCUGGCUGCUGCGGAAGAAAAGUUAAUUGCGCUUGAUAAAGGUUGAUUUACACGGUGAAAAAAUAGAAUUAUUUUUUAAAGAAAUGCUGAUUCACAAUAGUAUCAAUAAUAUAUUUGGCGCGAUUUACCGAUCAAUUUUUAUCUGCAGCAUUGUCGGAGCGGAAGCCUUAAAACUCCGGUUAGGUUCCGCUUGGCUUGACCAAUAAUGAGGCAAUUGUACCGAAAUUGGAAACAUAAAUAUAUUAAAUUUGAAUUUUAUUAUAAAUAAACAUCUGAAUUGAAAUGA